AUGGAACACUGAAUACUCCCGUUGUGAAUACUUUCUGCUAACAUUCAUUUAAUUCAUAAUUUGAGGUCAUCUUGGAAGAAGCAGACAAUGAAAAUGUCGCAAUAUUUCUCCUUCAUCAAGAAAAGGAGAGAAGCAGAUGAACUCAGUCCUUUGAUAUUCAAGGAGGGUCGGCGAGACAAUGGCGGGAUGGAGCCCGCGAGUUGUGGUCGCUGUCCUCCGGCGGACGGUGCUGAAACGGGGAGCGGGUUGGGGACCGAGCGCCAGGAAGAAUUGGCUCACCUCUACCAUCGACACCAUGCGGUCACCAAAGUCAACGUCUACAUCAAGUACACAAUGAUAGUGUUCAACUUCAUGUUCACCGUCCUGGGCUCUCUGAUACUGGGGAUCGGGAUCUGGGGACUCAUUGACAAGGAAUCUCUAGACGUGGACAACAUCAACAAUCUCAGCACGGACCCCAUGCUGGCCUUUGUCGUCGUGGGCCUUCUGGUCGGCAGCAUGUCCUUCUCGGGGUGCGUGGGGGCGCUGAGAGAGAACCAAUGCUUGCUGAAAUUCUUCACUGCCGGGAUCCUGAUAUUGUUGACAGUGCAGGUAGUCGGUGGGAUCGCGGUUUAUUUCCUGAGAGACCGUUUAGAACAAUACGUGGAGAAUGGAAUGAUCCUGGGUGUCAAGAGAUAUCAGGAUGACCUAGACCUUCGUUUUAUUAUAAACGAAAUCCAAAGAGGACUAGAGUGUUGCGGGGUGGAGUCCUACCACGAUUGGGAGCUCAACCUGUAUUUUAACUGCAGCUCUCCGGGCAUCCAUGCUUGUGGAGCUCCCGCCUCAUGUUGCAUCAAUCCACAGGAGAAUGGCACGGUGAUGAACUCCCAGUGUGGCUUUGGCACAUUGCAUAUGGAGGAAGUGACAGCCCAGAAUUACAUCUAUCUCCGCGGGUGUAUGCCUCAUCUCACCAGCUGGCUUACUAAACACGCAGGCUCAAUUACUGCUUUAGGUGUCAUUCUCAUGAUUGUUCAAGUACUUGGGCUCAUUUUUGCAAAAAAGAUACUGAGUGACAUUGAACUAAUCAAAGCACAUUGGAAGCGGAGAGAUAGAAAUGCUAUCAGACUGCCAACAACAGAGGGAGAAACCAGAUGAGAACAUGGCCGACCUCUUCUAUCUUUGUUAGCAUGCACCGUAGAUGGCACUCACAUAUAUACUUGGGAUAUUAUUGCCCUUGGCUGCACCUGUCUCUGAAAUCCAUUCUAUGUUUGCUACGUUUUUGUCUAAUUAAUGAUUGUUGUAAGUGGAAUACUAGUGUGUUAUGGAGAAUUAUGCACAUUGAAAAUUAAGAGAAAUUACACAUAUUGAACAUCUUCCCAAUUAUUAUGCUUCUUCUUUGUGUAUAAACAAUAGUUUUACUC